AUUACGGUAGUAUACCGUGGCAAUUAACUACAACGUAAAAAAAAUAGCUGGAAUUAACAUGGAUACAAUUAGAAGAAAGCUCCAAGAGUUUACUGAUAAAAUUGAAAGUAAAGAUGGAGAAAUAAACGAUUGGCAAACUCAAUUGGAAGAAAAGAAAAAUUCGCUGCGAGAGGUUGAAGCAAAAGCGAAAGCAUCAGAGGAAAAAUGCAAUUUAAAAGAGGCAGAACUGAGAAAAUUGGAAAUCUCUCUCCGAGAAGCUAAAGCUAAAGAAGCUACAGUAACUAAAUAUGGAAAUGAAGAAACAGAAAAACGACUGUCGACAAAUUCACAGGGAGGAAUUGUGCAUCCAAAAUUGCAAGAAUUGAACAAAAUAAUUGCUGCCCUGACGGAAGAACUUACUUAUCAGAGGCCCGAUUUAGGAAGAAGGAUAAUUGUACUGAAAAGAGACAAGGAUGAGCUCGAAAAGCAAGUGAAGAAGUGGAAAAAUAGAGUGGAUACUUUAGAACAAACAGUGAAAAUGAUCAAGGACAAAGUAACUUCCAUGGAAAAACUUGCAAUACUUGAAAAAUUUACCGAAGACCAGAAUACUUUAUUGGAGGAGGAGAUGAUGUUCUUGGAAGGAGAAGUGAAAGAGUUGGACCUACAUUACAACAUGAUAAAGAGACAAAAUGGUGUUCGAGAACUUGAUAUUAAGGAAAAGGGGGCGGAACUUCAAUCCUGGAUUGCUAAACAAGAGGCGCUUGUGAAGGAAAUGGAAGAAAUGGAUAGUGCAAGUGAUGAUGAUUGAAGCACAACGGAAUCAAGCAGUGUCUAAAUAUACUUCUUUGGGUCAAACUACAGGGUGAUCGCUAGAAAAACAGAAAGUUUGUCAAACAGCUAUUCAUUUUUACAAAUGAUGAUUUGAAAACGAACUUGGUAAAGGCUUGGAACAAUAUUCCACAAGUUAACCUUCGAAAAGUCACACGAGCUUUGACUUGUAGUCUAUGACACAGCUCUGAAGUGCACGGAUAGCAUUUUGAGUAUCUAUGAUUGUAAUAUAACAUACACCUUUAAAAAAACUUUGUAAAAACAAAUAACCGUUUGACAAAUGUUCUCUUUUUCUAGCGAUCACCCUGUAUUUUUAUUAAAACGAACAUCAUUUUCUGAAUAUAGUAUAAUCAAAUAUCAUCUGUUGUAUAUUCAUUCGGUAAAUUUAAAUGUUACUAAUCAUUAGUAAAAAAUGCGCAAGAUAAUAUUUGUCCAGAAUUUUUUUUAAAAAGCUUUGUCAGGAGUUCGUCCAGUUUUGUCAAUUUAUUACGUUCUGUGAAAAUGCAAAUUUUACGUUCGAUAUCGUGAAUGGUUUAAUGCUGAUUUUAUUUGGUCACAAACUUUAAUCCCUAUGAAAUUCCUUGGUAGUAGAUAGAUUCCACUCAACCGAUUUUUGAAAUGCAAUAAAGAUGUCAUUCACAACAUUUUUUUAAAAUA